CCAAGCCACGGCCCGGUCUCGCCCUUCGUGGGGUUGGCAAAGCAUUCUCUUUGGUAGGAAGUUGUUGUGCAUGGGUUUACGCUGGCAAAUUGGUAAUGGCCGCUCUACGUCCAUGCUCCGCUCAACGUGGAUACCUCAACAUUAGCUUGAUCCCCCUAGGUAUAACCCUCAGAUUUUGCCAAUGGGGCGCGAGCCGUUGGUGGCCGAUCUUAUCUGUCAGGGGGAGGGCGGUGGUGUGACCGGAAGCUUAGCCAAUGGUUUGACCCUGAUACCUGCCAAGCCAUCAAAGCAAUCCCUCUCCCUCGGCAGGAUAUAGAGGAUAAGCUAAUCUGGUUUGGUACUUCGGGUGGGGUCUUUUCGGUGAAGUCGGCAUACCACUUGGCUGUCUCUUUGGAUCGUCGCCGGGGUGGGUGGAAAUCAAGUGUUAGUUGGAUGGAUAAGAACAGUUGGAUUCGUCUCUGGGAUGCGAAUAUUCCCCCUAAACUUGAAGUGUUUGUUUGGCAAAUCCUCAAUCGUGCCCUCCCUACUACUGAGGCACUUAUUGAACGGAAGGUCCCAUUCCAUCCCCGGUGCCCAUUUUGUUGGAGUGCUUCCGAGACUCUAGAACAUUUGUUUCUCGAUUGCCCGGUGGCACGUGCUCUCUGAGACUAUUCGGGGCUGGAGUACCUGGGGGAGGGGUUGCCUCGAGAGACUUUCCCCUUAUUCCUAAAAAGGGUGUUGGCCUUGAUAAGUCAGCCUAGGCUUUUCAUGGCAGCGGUAGGAGUCCUCUGGAGGAUUUGGCGGUCUCGCAAUUGGGUUGUCUCUGAGGGUAAACAGUUCAGUUUUCCUGCAUUGAUUAGGCAGUUUAACCAACUGUAUGAUGAGUGGGUUAGUUUUCCUUCCAGUAGUAAUCCUUUGCCUCGGGUUCGGGUCUUGAACCAGCCUGGAAUGACGGGGGUUGCUAGUCUGGUAUGUAGGUGGGAUGGUGCUACCAGGAAGGGGUCUCAUUCAGAAGGUGGAAUGGUUAUUCUGAAUGCAGCUAGGGAGGUCAUUCUGGCUAGGGGGUUGCAAUUCCCUGUGUUGGAUGACCCCAUGGUAGUAGAACUGUUGGUGCUUCACGAGGCUACUUUGUGGUGUAGGAAUCUUGGGUUUGUGGAUAUUACUUUUAAGGGAGACGCUAAAGUUAUCAUUGAUAAAAUCAAUCAGAAGAACGUUAGGGACAAUCGGAUGGGUGCUUUGCUUGAAGAAGUAGUUCAUUAUUUUAACAUUCAGCCUGAUUCUCGCAUUCGAUUUAUAGGUCGUGAUGGCAAUAGGGUAGCCCAUUUGGUGGCUAGAAAGGCCCUGGCUUUGUAUCCGGCUAUAUGUCGUACUUUUGAUUUCCAGACCUGGCUGAAUUCCAGGAUGUAACUAUUUUUUUAUGGAUCAAUGAAUGAUUAUCUUUUGUCCAAAAAAAAAGUUUGUGUAUAAAUUCCUGGUUUAACAAAACCUUUAUCCAAACGACCUCUUGUUGUUUUUUGGUCGGAUUUUUUCUGGAGUUGCUUGUAUUUUGUUCUUUACCAGGAUUGUUGUGUGUGUUUUUGUGGCUAAUAUCUUACAUGCCACUUUGUCCCCCCCCUCUUCUAUGGGUUAACAACAUUUUGUGUCCCUUUACUAUUGCAAUUUAACAAAUAUGUCCCAACAUUACAUUCUUGCAUAAUGUAUUCUUCUAAUAUCAUAACGUAAUAAAAAUAUCCUUCCGUUAAAAAUUCUAUGAAGUGGUUGUUAAGUGCGAUGGGAAAUGACCCAAUUACACCUAAGUGAUUCUAACCACGAUCCCAUCCAUCCCUCCCCUUCACCUGAAGAGAAAUCCUCACCCCUCCCUAUUCUUUGUCCAGACGUCGACAAAGUUGUAGCCAGCAACCCUUGAAGAAACGAUGUUGUCCUGACAUCCAGCUGGCAGGGAGAGACUGUCGUCGGUGACUCUCGAAGUCAGGGGCGGAGCUAGGAUUUAAAGUUUGAGUUCGACCAUAAUUAAUGAUCGGCUGGAUUGACAGUUACGUACUAAGAUUUGCAACCGCGAAUUAAGAAUAAUAAUAAUAACUAUUAUUAUCACAAUUUCCCCCUCCCCAAACCCUUUCCCCACGCAAAAAACCCCCCACCCCAAUUAAUUAUCACAAUUCCCCCCUCCCCUAGCAAUUUUGUAACAUCUCAAACUUUUUCCCGACGAUGUUAUUAUCCGCUUUGGGCCUCUACACCCGCACGGAUUUCCCUUGGGUGCACAUCAAGGUGACUUCCCAUAAGGUCACUCGUCCUUGUAGUGCUCCACCCUGAACUCCUCCAUUUCACCCCAAAACGCAUCUUGUCAGUUAAGAUUGGUUUUCUACUUAUAAACCAUGGAUCUCUCCCGCGAUUUGUCGAUGUGGGAUUUUCCUAAGGUGUUACAUACACCCCCACCCCCCCUUGGGUCUCAACACCCUUGUUGUGGUUUGCCCCACCAUCGUUCAAGAGGGACGCAGAGAGAAUCUUAUACCACUUGUAACAUCCCGAACUUUUUCCCGACGAAGAUAUUGUCAGCUUUGGGCCUCUACACCCGCACGGAUUUUCCUUGGGUGCAUAUCAAUGUGACUUCCCAUAUGAUCACCCAUCCUUGCAGUGCUCCACCCUGAGCACAUUUAACUUCAGAGUUCUCACAAGAACUCCUCCAUUUCACCCCAAAACACAUCUUGUCAGUUAAGAUCGGUUUCCUACUUAUGAACCAUGGAUCUCUCCCGUGCCUUUUCGAUGUGGGAUUUGCCUAAGGCGUUAUAAAUUUCCCCAGCGGCAGAGGGAAAAAGAAGGAGAAGGGGCAGCGUUGGCCCCUGUUCCCUACUCCGACCCCAUCCCUUUAGUGUUCUAGGUAAUGAUCAUGAAUCCUUUCAUGAUUCCAAACUCGAUUCAUCAAUAAUCUAAUCUGAAACUCGUAUUUUUGUGCUAUAGCGGUUGCGGUGAGGUUUAAGAGUUUAAAAAUCGAUCAACGAGGAGAUGAACGUCCCAGAUCAUCCAAUCUAGUCCUAGGUACGUUCUAGGGGUAAGGGAACUUGAUCCCUUUGAGUUAGAUCGAUCAAUUUGGUGAUUUUUGGUGAGGGUGCAAUUCUGGGGUUUUAGCAACAGACUUUACAGGCUUUUAGUGACAGAUUUUGGUAGUCAAUAAAGGUGCAGGGAAUUU